UUAAUUUAAAUGAAUGAAAAAAUAACAUUGUAUGUUUUCUGCUUACAUAAUUCUUCCCUAAACUAUUUUCAAACUUCUGAGAGCCAACUAAUGCUAUCUAUGUUAAGAAAAGACAAUAGUUGCAGGUUUUUUUUGAAGAAACCGCUUGGUGGCGAUGCAGGCUAAGGCAUUAAAAAAAGCCUGCUAAGCAUUCUACCUGGUAUCUCUAGCUGAAAGAGAAAAGCCUGCAAACUGAGUUUACGACCAGUAAGUCUCCAGUGCAUGUUUCUCAGCGGCAUUUCUAGCCAGGUUACCAAGUGAGAGAUCCUCACUAUCUCAAUUCCAUCGCUUCUACUGUGGAGCUGGAGCCAGAUCUGCAAAGUCAAGCCAUUUGCAGAGAUCAAGAUGGAGACGGGGGGGGGGGGGGGGGGGGGAGUGCUUUCCUCAACAAAGGCAAGACCUGAUUCAUUAUCUCUUGCUGGGAGGGGCUCUGGCAGGUGGGGAAUCCCGUCGCUAUUCUGUGCUGGAGGAAACCGAGAGAGGCUCAGUUGUGGUUAACCUAGCCAAGGACCUGGGACUGGGAAUAGGAGAGUUAACCACAAGGAGAGCCCAGGUGAUCUCUGAGGAUCAGGACCCCUGCUUGCAGUUUAAUCUGCAGACCGAAAGUUGAUAGUAAAUGAAAAACUGGACCGAGAGGAGAUAUGUGGCUCCACUGACCCAUGCAUACUGCAUUUCCAAGUGUUACUAAAAAAACCUUUAGAAGUAUUUCGAGCAGAGUUACUGAUAAAAGACAUAAAUGAUCAUUCUCCCGAAUUUCCUGAAAGGGAAACAACACUGAAAAUCCCAGAGACAAGCCCUCCUGGAACUGUGUUUUCUCUGAAUAAAGCCCAAGAUAAGGACGUGGGCAACAACAAUAUCCAGAACUACAGUAUCAGUUCCAACUCGAAUUUCCAUGUUUUCAUUCAAAAUCGGGGGGGGGGGGGGAUGGCAGAAAAUACCCAGAGUUGGUUUUGGACGGAGAGCUGGAUCUGAAGGAGCAGGAGGAGUUUAGAUUAACCCUCACAGCACUGGAUGGAGGUUCUCCACCUCGGUCUGGUACCACUCAGGUACACAUCUUGGUCUUGGAUGUCAAUGAUAACACCCCCGAGUUUGCACAGACGCUCUACAAGGUGCAGAUCCCAGAAAACAGCCCUGUGGGCUCUCUAGUUGUCAAGGUAUCUGCCAGAGAUUUAGACAUCAGAACAAAUGGAUAAAUAUCAUACUCCCUUUUUUAUAGUUCUCCAAACAUAAGCACGACUUUUGAGAUAAACAGGCUAUAUGGAGAAGUACGACUACUUAAAAAUCUGGAUUUUGAGAACAUCUUCAUAUGAACUGGAUAUAGCUGCGUCUGAUGGUGGCAGUCUUUCAGGAAAAUGUUCUGUUUCCAUUGAGGUGGUGGAUGUUAAUGAUAAUUCUCCAGAAAUAACUAUGACAUCACUAAGUAGCUACAUUUCUGAAAAUUCGCCUGAAACUGAAGUGGCCUUGUUUAGAAUUCGAGACCGGGACUCCGGGAAAAACGGAAAGAUGACUUGUUCCAUCCCUGAUGAUCUCCCCUUCCUCUUAAAACCAUCUGAACAGAAUUUCUACACUCUAGUCACAAAUGGACCGCUGGACCGAGAAGAGAGAGCUGAGUACACCAUCGUGAUCCCGAUGAGCGACCUGGAGCCGCGGCUGCAGAGCCAGCACCAGGUGACUGUGCGCGUGUCCGACGUGAACGACAACGCCCCCGCCUUCAGCCAGCGCGCCUACACCCUGCGCGUGCGCGAGAACAACAGCCCCGGGCUGGCGCUGGGCAGCGUGCGCGCCUGGGACGCGGACGAGGGCGCCAACGCGCAGCUCAGCUACUCGCUGCUGCCAUCGCCCUCGGCUCCGGCCUCGCCAUCGCCCUCGGCCUCGGCCUCGUCCGGCCACCCGCAGCAGCCGGCCUCGGGCGCGCUGGUGUCCAUCGACGCCGACAGCGGGCAGCUGUUCGCGCUGCGCGCCCUGGACUUCGAGGCGCUGCAGGCCUUCGAGUUCCUGGUGGGCGCCACGGACCGCGGGUCGCCGGCGCUGAGCAGCCAGGCGCGGGUGCGCGUGCUGGUGCUGGACGCCAACGACAACGCGCCCUUCGUGCUGCACCCGCUGCAGAACGGCUCCGCGCCCUGCACCGAGCUGCUGCCGCGCGCGGCCGGCGCGGGCUACUUGGUGAGCAAGGUGGUGGCGGUGGACGGCGACGCGGGCCAGAACGCCUGGCUGUCGUUCCAGCUGCUCAAGGCCACGGAGCCCGGGCUGUUCGGCGUGUGGGCGCACAGCGGCGAGGUGCGCACGGCUCGGGCGCUGAGCGAGCGCGACGCGCCGCGACACCGGCUGGUGGUGCUGGUGCGGGACAAUGGCGACCCGCCGCUGUCGGCCAGUGUCACGCUGCACGUGCUGCUGGUCGAUGGCUUCUCGCAGCCCUACCUGCCGCUGCCCGCCGCGCCCGACGCCGCCGCCGCCGCCGCGGGUGCCGCCGCCGCCGGAGCGCGGCCCGAGCGCCUGACCGUCUACCUGGUGGUGGCCUUGGCCGCCGUGUCAUCGCUCUUCCUGUGCUCGCUGCUGGCCUUCGUGGCCGCGCGCCUGUGCCGGCGGCCGGGGGGCGGAGCUGAGGCGGUGGCGGCGGGGGCUCUGGCGGGGCCCGAGGGACACUUUCCGGGACACCUGCUGGACGCGGGCGGCGGGGGGACCCUGUCGCACAGCUACCAGUAUGAGGUGUGUCUCGCGGGGGACUCUGGAAGCAAUGAAUUAAAAUUCUUGAAACCUGUUUUGCCCAAUAUUCUAAACCAAGAUUUUGGGAGAAAGGCAGAGAGAAGUUCAAACCUUCGUUAAUAGUUUAGAUAUCUGAAACUCGCCUAGUAUGUACAUCAUUUUUUGUCCCCUUCACUGUCGCUUUUCAUCUCAAUUUUAGUAUUUAGUGAUACUUCUUGGUAUUCAUUUUUCUUAAUGAUGUAACAUGGUUUUGUUGGACUCAUUGUCUUAUAAUUAUUUACCAGCUGUUUAUUUCUUUAUUGGGGGAUUAGUCGUUUACAGUUGACAGCAAAACACAAUAGUCUGUACAUGCAUAACAUUUCCACAGAACAAUACAACCCCCACUAGGCCUUCCCUUGCCAUUAUGUUCCAGAACCCGAACCCUACCGCCCCACACACCCCAGUGUCUUUUACUUUGGUGCAGUACACCAACUCCAGUCCAAGUUCUGCUUAGUGUUUUCUCUUCUGAUUAUGUUUUUCAGUUUCUGCUUAUGAGUGAGAUCAUCCCAUAUUCAUCCUUUUGCUUCUUACUUAUCUCAAUAUGAUAUCGUUGAGCUCGAUCCAAGAUAGGGUAAAGAAGGUGAAUUCACCAUGAACCUGAAACCUCGGAGCCUCAGGAAAAAGUCUUUGCAUGACCCUUAUGCCCUGUUCACAUUUCUCAGUUUUCCACAUAACAGUUCAACCCCCACUAGGUCCUUCUCUGCCAUCAUGUUCCAGGUCCAUCAUAAACCACCCCCAUCCAGUGUCUUAUUUUGGUGCAAUACACCAAGGUUUUUUUAUAUAUAAUUUUCUUUAUUUAUUCAUGAGAAAGAUAGAAGAGAAAGAACCAGCCAUCACUCUGGUACAUGUGCUGCUGGGGAUCGAACUCAGGACCUCAUGCUUGAGAGUCUAGUACCUUAACCACUGUGUCACCUCCCAGACCACUUUUUAAAAAAUUGUCUCCAUGGUUAUAGUUGGGGCUAGGUGCCAGCGCUACAAAUCCACUGCUCCUGAUGGCCUUUUUUCCCCCACAUUUUAUUUUUUAUUUAUUUUUUUUAAAAUAUUUUAUUUUAUUUAUUUAUUCCCUUUUGUUGCCCUUGUUGUUUUAUUGUUGUAGUUAUUAUUAUUGUUGUCGUCAUUGUUGGAUAGGACAGAGAGAAACGGAGAGAGGAGGGGAAGACAGAGAGGGGGAGAGAAAGAUAGACACCUGCAGACCUGCUUCACCGCCUGUGAAGCGACUCCCCUGCAGGUGGGGAGCCAGGGUUCGAACCAGGAUCCUUAUGCUGGUCCUUGUGCUUUGCGCCACCUGCGCUUAACCUGCUGCGCUACAGCCCGACUCCCUCCCCCACAUU